AAUAGACCGGGAGUAAAAGAUAGAGAGUAAUAUCAUCUUAUCCGUAAAGCAUCCCCUCAUAAGAUCAAGAAGAUGUUCAUGUCCAUUCAAAAGAACAAGCGCCAACAGACCUGCUUUCAACUUGUCCAAUGGAUGCUCUGUUCGUCAAUUCCUCUCUUUCCCGCCUCAAAUUACUCAAAUGCCCCCCUCAAUUCCCUACCUUAGCCCAUCAACCUUUUCUCCAACUCAAAAAACUGAACAAAUUCCCACUUGUAUUUGCUACACUUCAGAACCAGCAACAACAACAAGAAAGAGAAGAAGAAGAAGAAGAAGAAUUGGUGUUUCAAGAUUAUGAUAAGGAUGAAACGUACGGUGAAGUUAACAAGAUCAUUGGGAGUCGAGCAAUUGAAGGAGGGAAAGGAAUGGAGUAUUUGAUAGAGUGGAAAGACGAACAUGCCCCUACUUGGGUUCCUUCUGAUUUCAUUGCUAAAGAUGUUGUAGCUGAAUACGAAACACCUUGGUGGAAUGUGGCGAAAAAGCCGGAUGAGUCUGCUCUUAAGAAGCUUCUAGAAGCUGAUGAUGGCAGAGAUGUAAAUGCUGUUGAUGAGGAUGGACGUACGGCUUUGCUCUUUGUUUCAGGUCUCGGGUCGGAGCCCUGUGUAAAGCUGCUAGUUGAAGCUGGUGCUGACGUCAAUUACCGCGAUAGAAAUGGCGGUUUAACGGCUCUGCAUAUGGCAGCCGGGUAUGUGAAGCCUGGGGUUGCCAAGUUGUUAAUUGAGCUUGGCGCGGAUCCUGAGGUGGAGGAUUACAGAGGGCAGACACCGUUGAGAUUGGCGAGGAUGAUAUUGAAUCAAACACCUAAAGGAAAUCCAAUGCAAUUCGCGAGGAGGUUAGGGUUAGAAAAUGUGAUUAGGGUAUUGGAGGAUGCAAUUUUCGAGUAUGCUCAAGUGGAAGAGAUAUUGGAAAAGAGAGGGAAAGGUGAAAAUGUAGAGUAUUUAGUGAAAUGGAAGGAUGGAGAGGAUAAUGAAUGGGUGAAAGCAUGGCUGAUAAAUGAGGAUUUGGUAAACGAUUUUGAGGCUGGAUUGGAAUAUGCAGUGGCGGAGUGUAUUUUGGAGAAGAGAGACGGUGAGGAUGGGAAAGGCGAAUACUUGGUUAAAUGGACUGAUAUUGAGGAAGCUACAUGGGAACCUCAAGAAAAUGUUGACCCCCUUCUGAUAGAAGAUUUUGAAAAGGGUCAACAGAAAGUAGUAAGUUGAACUCAUGAUUUAUCUUUUGGGUUGUACUCUUUUUCCUUUUUAUGGUAAUAUAAUGAUCUUUUGGUUUA